ACAUAAACGAGCUUUGAUUUAAACGGAGAGACAGACAAGAAACUCAUUAAUUCAAUAUUAAAAUUUAACAAAAGAAAACAUGACAUCCGAAACCUAUUUGGAUUUAACAUUUGAGCGCAACAGCAAAAAUAUGUCGGGAAGUGGAGGAGGUGCUGGUGGUGUUACGUUAGCAGUUUCUAGUGGCAGUAGCAAUGUUAAUGCGCCAGGUGCAAACUCUAGUGGAGUAGUGGUUGGCAGUGAAAAACGUCCAAUUAGACCAAAAUUAUUAAAAUUAAGUGAUGUUACGAUACCACAUCGUAAUCGCAAGAAAACUAAAACCAAGAGCAAAGAUCGUUCUGUGUCUUCUGUGCGUGAUCGUAUUUACGACGAUCCAGCUUAUACUGAUGACAUCAGUCAUCUGGCAAAUCCCAUGCGUAGAAACAGUGUUAAUCUGGUAAAUUCUGAUAUGCUGACCCUCAGUGGAGCCGGUGUUGGUGGCAAACACAAUUCUGGCGGUAGCAGUUCAUUGGGUAAACGCAGUAAAUUAACCAAAGAAUUCCAAAAACUAGCCCAAGAAGAUAUCGGCCACAUAGCUUUCAGUAGCUCCGAAGAGGACUUACGUUACCAAAGAGCCACUUCCUCCAGAUCGGAGGCAAUUGGCCGCGGUAGAAGCUUAGAGCGAUCCAAUGCCAUUAUAGGGGAACAAAUGGAAAAGCUAGAAAUAAAAAGGAGACCUGAAAAACGCACAAGCAAACAGAAACGUAACUUGAGUUUGGACAACAAACGUCAGCAAUCACAGCAGGAAACCAAAGAAAAUGAAGAGAAAGAGCGAGAGCGAGAUAGACCACCCGAACCACCACAACGUUUGGCCUUGACACGCUACAAUUUGGGCAAACAACGCAGUGAUGAGGCCGCCUGGCAACGGCAACAAAGUCAUCAGGACUUUCCGCCUCCGGCUCAUGACAACGAAGAUAUUUUCUCGCUGCACAGUUCGGCCAAGGAGAAUCAAAGUGUGGCCGCCUCUACCUCGGCCUCACUCAGUAAUGCCAGUACUUCAAAAAUACAAAUGGGCAAACGUUUUCUAAAAGGAGAAAUUGGCAUAAAAAGUUUCAAUUAUUACUUGCUUAAAGAAGGCCUAAAGUCUUCGAAAAAAUUUGUUGAAAAACAAAAAAGUAAUUUUCAGUCUUCCACCAACAAUACACUGGCCACUAUAUCACACUCAGCAGGAGGAGCAGGAGGAGGAGGGGAAAAUACCACAUCAUUGACACUAGGCAAGAGUAAACUCCAGGCCAAUAGUGAGGAAAAUAUCUAUGAAGAAAUAUUCUUUAAAGAUGCUCCGCCCAGUGAGGAAGAUGAUGAAAAUCAAAAUCCUUCUAAUACAACCAAACAGCAAGCUAGCAGCACUCAUCAUGCCGCCACAACAGCAGCCGAACAAAACAUAAUGUAUGCCGAUUGUGAGCUAUGCAUGCAACAGUGUGAUAAGCCAGACUGUGAAUACUGCUUGCAGCCGGAAAUAACGGCCAAUGUCAAUCAAAAUAGAACCGUGACUCAGACAUUUAAUAACUCUAAUACGAAAUCAAAUAAUACUAACAAUCGUUUGAAUGCUGGCAAUCUAAAUAAUAACAGUUCCGCCCGAACAGCCAUGGAAAAUCAGGUUAAUUCGGCUCCUAUUCUAGAGUUCCAGUCGUAUAAUCCCAAUAAUCCGGGCGUGUAUAAAAUUGAAACUACUCCCGUGGCCAUAACUGGCGACUACAAUCCCAUUUUACAAUUCCAACAACCUUCCACACAACAACAACAACAGCCAGCCCCACAACAUAAACAUUCUCAUGUACAACAUCAGUCUACUUCAACUACCAGUACCGCCACUACUACUCCCAGUGAUCAUCAUUUGCAUCAGCAUCAUUCUCAGCUGCAACAACAACAGCAGCCGCAGCAAUCACAACAGCAUCAAUCUGUGCCAUCUCAACAGCAGCAGCAUCAACAGUUUUAUGGUUAUAAACAACCGAAUUUCUAUACUCCUCAUACUCAAACCGGAUUUUGGUCUCAAACUUCAUCGGUGCCAAGACCUAGAGCUUAUAUGGUCACUGGCCACUUCCCCAGCGGUGUUUCGUCUAUGCAACGUGUGAAUACUAAAUCAAGUUCCUCCAGUGAUUCAUUGCAGCAUCAACAUAAAUUCAAUACGUUUACCCACUUGGAUGCUAAUUUCUAUAAUGGUUCAAAUUUGGCCACCGUAACAGGAUCAUCUUCGGUCAACAAUAGUUACUUGCCGCCCCAACCUUUGCAGCCGUUAAUGUAUGCUGCCAGCAGACGUUUGGGAGGUUCACAAAUUUUGGUAGACAAUUCAAAUGCCAUGUUUGAAAAUCCUUCUCAGAUUUAUAAAUCAGAUUCGAGAGCAUCGAUUUUAAGUGAGUAUUCCUUAUCACGCAGCAGUGAUACUUAUUAUGGCAGCCAGAGAUAUGGUCACAAUAGACAUUAUGGAACCUCACAUCUAAAUGAACAUCAUAAUUUUGAAAAUUCCCUAAUGUCAUCUUAUGCUACGGCCGCUCAGAGACGCUACUUUGGCAGUGCUGAGAGUUGUCGUUUUGGUUAUGAUUGUCGUCGUUGUAGUUUGGAUAGUGGUCCAGGAGCGGGUCUCUUAACUAAUCCUAGAGUGGUGAAUACAGCUACACAAAAUAAUGGUGGCACAACAGCAGCGGCAGCAGCAACAUCAUCUGCCGAGAAAUGUACCUUCUCGGAUCAUUGCAAAUAUGAUUGCCGGAAUUGUGACUGCUCCUCGGUAUACUUUUCAUCCGACUUUGAUGAGGUCUAUAGUGGUGGCGGCAUACCACGCAAAACGGCUAAAGGUACGUUACCCUCUACAGGUGGACAACCGCCACCACCAGCUUUGGAAAACUAUGAUGUUGCUACUAGCAGUGAAAAACAGCAGGCUUUGAAACAAAAUAAAUAUGCCCAAGAUUUCUUUAAGCAUGUCAAUGAUGUCAAACGUAGCAUUUACCAAGCGGAAAUGCAAAGAAAUGGCAAUAUGGAAUCGAUGAGUCCUAAGAAAUCUAUGAAAAAAGAAAAUCGUGACAAGGAACGGGAUAGGGAGAUAAUGGGUAUUACUACAUUACCCUUGGCCAAAGAGCGUACCACAAAACCUACACCGGCUCCCAGGACAAGUUUGCAACAACACCCCCAACUAAAUCCGGGUCAAACAACUCCGCAACCACUGCAAAGGCGUUUGCCGGCUAAAUCAAGUGAGCCCUGUGUGGAAAGGAAAGAAUAUGCUUCUUUAGAUCGUUUAAUAGCCUCCAACAAGGGAGCUAUACCUAAGAGCACAAACAGGAUAAGUCCCCAUAACAGUCCUAAAUCAAGAAACACCACAGCAACUCCACGAAUCUUCAAAGAUAACGUCACAGUCCUUGGCAGCCUCAUUGAGUGGUCACCGACGCAAAGAUAUACCAGCACCACCGCCGCCCUCACCGGCCACCUAUGCUGA